AUGCUGGCACAAAUCGGCAGUGACAUCUCAAUCGGCAGCAAAGACGCAUCAAUGAAAUCUACUAAACUCCCUCCAACUCCGCCAGACGAGGCAGAAGUGCCAUUAUACACGAUUGAUGAUAUUCUGUUGCAGCGCAUAUCAUAUCCACCAGACGCGCCGCUUGUUGGUUACCCGCAGAGUCAAUAUGGCAUUAGUGACUAUGCUUUCUAUACUGCAAAGGAGUUGGACAGAUUCGCCAAUGGAGCUGCCCAAGCUUUGCAAUUCUCUGGAUUACCAAAGUUCUCUGACCCUAGCGAGAACCGCGUGGUAGCGAUUCUUGGUCCAUCUAACCUCGACUACAUUGUUUCACUAUUUGCACUCUCUCGGCUAGGCUAUGCAGUUCUUUUGCUAUCUACUCGUCUUAGCUCUGAAGCUUAUACCAACUUGCUUGCGCAAACCAACUGCUGCCAUAUCCUAUAUUCUCCUACGACAGAAAAAGCCGUCGAAGAGAUCCGAGGCGUCUCACCGCAGAUCAACAUUUUCUCGAUACCAGAGCAUAUCAUAUAUUCAAAGUGCACCGAGUCAUCAAAUCUGCGGCUUAGCAGACAACCUGAGUUGGCUCAAAAGUGGGCUUUCAUCAUCCACAGUUCAGGGUCCACGGGCCUUCCAAAACCAAUCUUCCAGACGCACGCAGCUUGCAUUGCAAACUAUACCACGAGUAACUCUUAUCGCGCAUUGUUAACGCUUCCUUUGUACCACAACCAUGGAUUAUGCACAUUCUUCCGAUCUAUGUUCAAGGCAAAGCCGAUUGCCAUCUACAAUGCGAAUCUACCUUUGACCGGCAAGAACGUCCUUGAAGUCAUGGAGACCUUCAAACCUGAGAGCUUCCAUGGCGUGCCAUACGUCUUGAAGCUUCUAAGUGAAGUUCCAGGUGGAGUGGAAGCGCUGGCCAGAUGUCAGCAGGUGCUUUUCGGAGGAAGUAGCUGUCCGGAUGAGUUGGGCGAUUACCUUGUGGACAAUGGAGUCCGGCUGAUCAGCCAUUACGGAGCGACCGAACUCGGUCAGUUGAUGACAUCCGACCGCCCCGUUGGCGACAAACUAUGGAAUUACGUUCGCCCCUUGAAGGUCUCUCAGCCAUAUCUGCGAAUGGAAGAGCUUGAAGACGGCUCUUAUGAGUGUGUUGUUCUGGAUGGGCUUCCAGCCAAAGUCAGCUCCAAUUGCAACGACCCGCCAAAUUCGUUCCGCACUCGAGACACAUUCCUAAAGCAUCCCAGUGUUCCAAAUGCUUGGAAGUAUUUGGGCCGUAUCGACGACAGAGUCACCUUGAUCAAUGGUGAAAAGGUGCUACCUGUGCCCAUUGAACACCGUAUACGCCAAAACAAGUACGUGAAGGACAACCUUGUGUUCGGGGUGGGAAAGCCAUUACCUGGUUUGAUCAUUGUGCCCAGCGCUGAAUGUCAGGAAAUGACGAAAUCUGAGAUACUCGAUAAGGUCUGGCCCGACAUAGAAGCUGCAAACAAGAAUGCAGAAGCAUUCAGUUAUAUAUCCCGCGACAUGGUAAUUGUUUUAGACGUCGGCUGUUCUUAUCCAGCUACCGACAAAGGAACAAUGAUCAGGAACCGCUCUUACAACGAGUUCCGCAAUGUGAUUGAGGCUUCUUAUCAAAGGCUGGAAGAGGGACUUUCCAGUGACAGGCACAAGCUUGCUUUGGGUACUGAGGGACUAGAGCAGUACCUACUGAAGCUUUUCAAUACCGAGCUCGGCUACCACCACAUGAGUUCAGACUCCGACUUUUUUGGAGCAGGGGUGGAUAGCCUUCAGGCCAUCAAAGCAAGAGGUAUUAUCAAGAGAGAUAUUGAUAUUGGUCCUGCUGAGCUGGGUCAUAAUGUGAUUUUCGACUCCGCAAACAUCAAGAACCUCGCGGCUCAUCUGUACGCCCUUCGCACCGGCAACCUACAAGAUGAGGAAGACGAGUUGUCGGUUAUGUCCCAGCUGAUUGACAAGUAUUCAUCAUUCCAGCUGCGGCCGGAAUCAGAAGAAGUCAUCCUUCUGACUGGAGCCACUGGCUCCCUCGGUAUUUAUAUCCUCUCCCGCUUGAUGCAGAAGGAGAAUGUCAGAAAAGUCUACUGCCUUGUUCGAGCGUCCAGUCCCAACAAUGCUCUAGAUCGAGUUCUUUCCAAUUUAGCUUCGCGAUCGUUACCGAUGGUAAAUGUCUGGAAAAUUGUGGCUCUGCCUUCCCAGCUCGGUUCUGAAGAUCUUGGACUGUCCCCUUCAUUCCUUAGCGACAUUCGUACUUCUAUGACCAAAGUCAUACAUUCGGCCUGGGCCGUGAAUUUCACACUUGGCGUAUGCAGUUUCGAAGCGCAGCACAUUCGAGGCGUGCACAAUCUGAUCAAUCUAUGUCUCGCCAGCCAACGGCCCUCGCCGGCGGAAUUCUACUUCUGUUCGUCUGUGUCUGCAGCUGCUGGGACACCCCUCCCUGCCACUAUCGCCGAAUCCCCUGUCCCUGAGCUGGCGCACGCUCAGAGCAUGGGCUAUGCAAGAUCCAAGCUGGUCGCGGAACGGAUUGUUCAAGCUGCAGCAGAAAAAACUGGCAUGGUUGCUAAAGUUCUCAGGGUGGGUCAAAUUGUAGGCGACACGGUCAAUGGGAGAUGGAACACCACCGAAGCAAUUCCUCUCAUGCUUCAGACAGCCCUCACGCUAAAGGCUCUACCAGAACUUGACGAAACGCCGUCUUGGCUUCCUGUUGAUAUUGUCGCAGAUGCAGUUCUAGACUUGAGUGGUCUCAAUAAGACUUCCGCCUCGGUUUCCGCCGUCCUACGACAAUUCUCGUAUGAUCCGAACACCAUCUACCACGUGCAGAACCCAAGGACCUUCAGCUGGACGAAAGAGCUCCUGCCGGCUCUAAAAGAAGCUGGUCUUGACUUUGAGGUUCUGCCAAAGAGGGAGUGGGUUCAGCGUCUACGUGAAGGCGAACAAGAUCCGAAGAGGAACCCCGCUGUUAAGCUGUUAGACUUCUUUACCGAGAAGUAUGACAAUGAUAACCCGGGUCGAUCGGAGCUUGUCUUUGAGACAGAGAAGUCCGAGGCCGCUAGUCCGUCUUUGAAGGGAGGCGUGGAACUUAUCGAGAGUGGUUUGAUUAGAAAAUUUGUCAAUACCUGGCGGAGUGAAUGGUAG